AUGGACUGGAUGGCAAGGCCUGUCUCAGACGAGGGGGUGUUGGAGAUCCGGCUGAAAAGGGCCGCCAAGAAGGGCGAGCAGCUAUUCACCUCUUUUGGCCCACGCAGCAACGAGAACCUCUUUCUCUACUAUGGUUUCAUUCUGGAGGGCAAUCCCUUUGACAGCCUCACUCUCUUCCCAUCGUUCGAGGACUCAGUGCGCUGGCUGCUCGACCGAUUCUACACAGACUGUCGCUCCGACUCCCUCCAGCGCCACAUGACCGCGUGGAAACACGCCCGCGCAGCCCUCGAUCGGCCCUCGUCACACGAUGCCUCUCGGGGGUUUGAGCGGGACAGGAACCUCUGGUGGGAUCUGAUGAACAGCUGGGUUGAGUUCGGUUAUGAGGUGCUGCCGUACCGGGCUGGUCCGGAUGUUCGUCCGGCCGGGAGGAUCGACCCAAGCCUGCUCGCCGCGCUUGCCGCGGCCGCUCGGUUUGCAGCUUCGGCGCCGAACCGGACGCUGCCUGCUGGUGCGUUUCCGAGGUGCCCGCCUGGGUGGCGGAACGAUGGGAAGAGUGGGGGCGGUUGGGGGAGGGUGGGUGGUGGGGGGGAGGGGAAAGGAGGCCUGUUUUGGCCUAAAUGUUGCCGAACCAAGGCAUGGAGAAUAGCUUGCCGGAGUGAUGGGGUUGGGGGGAAAGGGUCAACGGAUUCAACCGAGUCAACAGGGAAUGAGGUGGAUGAUGAAUUGGGGGAUGACGGGGAGAUUCAAUCAGGGGGGACCGCAGGCAGAUCUGCAGGGUCAACGGACGGUGGGGAUGCAGCGAAAGCAGCAUUAAGAGCAGCUAAGGCAGCAGAGGAUGAAUUUGCAGUGGCUGCAGCGGAGUAUGUGAAGCUGCUUAUAGUGAGGCGGUGCCGCGAGCUGAUGAUUGGCAUGGCCACGCCGGCACACUAUGAUUGGUGGCUGCUGCAGGAUGUGGAUCGGGCGGGAGGGAAGCUUCUGGGAAGCGAUGGAGGGGUGGAUGGGACAGGAGCAAGAAGAGUGGGUCACAGUGGUGCUGCCAGCAGCAGCAGUGCUGUCGCUGGUGGCGGUGGCAGUAGUGGUCGCAGCGGUAUUACUGGUGCUGAUGGUGGGAGCAGCAGCAGCAGCAGCAACGGUGGGGGUGAUGGUGGUGGAGUUGGAGGGGAGUUUGAGAGGGAGGGUGAGAUGCAGUGCAAGUUCAGGGGCCAGGUGUUGUCGCCGCAACGACUGCUUGCAGUCAAGUAUAGGCUGAGUAGAAAGGAGAUGCUGAUGGCUGUUAUACGAAGGCUGGAAGCUGGACUGUAG